AUGGUAAUGGAUGAGGGGCAACAGCUGCCUCCUGAUCCCCAAAGGGGCCUGGCAAAGAGAGGGCCAAGAGACGAUAAAAGGGAAUCCCAAGAGAACGACAACGAGAGAAAGAAGAAAAAUAAAUUGCUGAGUCCAAGGAGCGAAGCCAGGGGACAAAAGGACAACUCGACUCAGAGCAAGAGUAGGAGGAUAUCAGGAGACGAAGGAAUAGCGGAAGUAGAACCUGAGAGCCUCAGCAGCAAUAUCUUUAAGGGAUUGGACAGUACUCUCAGGAGCAAUCACAGGGAAAAAGGAGAAAUACAUGUAACGGGCUUGAAGGUCGAGACUACGGAGAGUGAACAGGCCAAGGGGGGGGUAUAUCAAAGACCCAAAAUUCCUAAGAGAUCCAUGAUGAACGACCACGUGAAUGAUUAG